AAAUCAUCUUUUCUUAUUGAUUAUUAUAAAGAUACUUUUGAUAUCAAUUCUUCAAACUUAAAAUGUGAAAUUAAUGUAAUGAAAAACACGAUGAAAGAAGUCAAUUUUGAAAAUAUCAAAAAACAUCUAAAUGAAGAAGUAUUUCCUAAUUUAUUUAAAAUUAUGCAAGCGGCAAUAACAUUACCAGUGAGCUCGGCCACUUGUGAAAGGUCCUUUUCAACUAUGAGAAGGAUCAACACAUAUUUCAGAGCUAACAUGACUCAGGGCCGAUUUACUAAUUUAGCAAUAUUGAAUAUCGAAAAAGAUACUAUAGUAGAUCCUGAAAUAAUAUUGAACACAUUUGCUAAAUCCAACCGACGAAUACAGAUCUAAAAAUGUA